GAGAACAACUUAAACUGAUUAAAGAGAAAUUUAUCAAUCAAGCUCGAGACCUGGAGAUGCUUUGAAAUUAGGUUACACUUUGGGAACGUGUGGUGAUUUAAAUGGGUGGUGUGCCUGCUCUCUCUCCCUCUCUCCCCCUUUUUGCACGUUUUAGAGGACCUUCAUCUGUGUGCACCAACAAGUAGCAGGAACAGGGUCCUCAAUCCCAGGACAACAACCGGAACAGAUUAGUUGUACAGUAAAGACUGUAAUUAACAGCAUUGCUGACAUUAAUGAGAGUAUGAAAAUGCCAAUCCUCUGUGGAUAAAAUCAGCAAAUGACGAACAAGCCAGUGACAGGAAAUGAGUGGAUCUCCAUUUACAAUUUGAAAGCAAUGUUACCUUUCUUGUGACCAACAGCAACACCUUUCUCUGAAGCAGUAAUUUCUGUGGAAACUGAAAGCGUGCUUCUCUCUCUACUGAAAGAUGGGUUACGUGAUGAACAGAACUGAAAAACCGAACAGCAUAUCCAGCGACUUCGAUUACAACUAUGGAGAAGAAUUUGUUCCAUGUAACUUCGAAUCGGCAAACGUUUUUGCUACAACUUUCCAACCAGUCCUGUACUCCCUUGUGUUUGUGUUUGGUCUAUUUGGGAAUGCACUUGUGUUGUGGGCUCUUAUGAAACACAAACGUUUGAAGAAUAUGACAGACAUUUAUCUUUUCAAUUUGUCAUUGAGUGACUUGCUGUUUGUUACCACACUUCCUUUCUGGGCAUAUUCUGCUACAAGUGAAUGGAUUUUUGGAGAUUUCUUUUGCAAGGUUGUUUCUGCUGCUUAUGAGGUUGGCUACUUUGGUGGCACAAUGUUCAUAAUCCUGAUAACUAUAGACCGCUACCUUGCGAUUGUUCACGCUGUGUUUUCAGUCAGGACUAGGACUGCUCGAAAUGGGAUCAUUUCGAGUGUAGUGAUGUGGUGUGUAGCUUUGUUUGCCUCUUUUCCCACAAUGAUAUUCAACAAAAUCGAAAUAGUUCAUGAUAGAUUGGUCUGCCAUAUUUUCUUUCCACCAGGCAACAUUUCUAGUUGGAAACUCUUUAUCUUUUUCAAAUCCAAUGUGUUGGGUUUUUUUGUUCCAUUGGCAGUCAUAGUUUUCUGUUACACAAGAAUAAUUCUAACUCUGCGCAAAAACAAAAGCUGUAAGAAACACAGGGUUAUAAAAGUUAUAUUUACUGUUGUCAUAGUGUUUUUUAUAUUUUGGGCACCGUACAAUGUUGUGAUGUUACUGGAGUCUUUGAGAGAACAGAAUAUUUUAACUGGUUGUGCAUUGCUGGUACAGCUAUUGAUUGCCCAGCAGGUAACUGAAACCGUCACAUUUGUACACAGCUGCUUGAACCCCAUCAUUUAUGCACUUCUAGGUGAAAGAUUUCGAUUCUAUCUCCGCAGACUUUUUUACAGCUGUUUGCCUCCAUCACUAAGAUGUAAAAUCAGUGAUCCAUCUCAUUUGGCUUCUCGUGAUUUUCCUGCUUCUGUUCGUUCACAAUCCACUGGGGACCACGAUUCCUCUACGGUUCUGUAGUUCAAAAUUCAGAUGUUAUAUUACAAUAUGGGAUUGCUUUCAUAUUUACAAGAAGUCCUUAAUUUAAGCCGUUCCCUUUUGAACAUUCUUCUUUAAUUUUUUUUUGUUGGGCUACAUCUUUUUCAUUAAAAGGUCCACUUAUCAUUUUAACAUCACUUACUUCCUGUCAUGUCUUGUAUUUUUGCGCCUCUCAUCUCAUUAGAUCAUCAGCAAUGUCCCCUGGUGGUGUUGCUAAAGAUAAUACCAUUAUAUGAGUCCUGCAGUUAGGAUCAUCACUUUUCUGAAUAGUUCUCUGCUCAGUAAUCUUCAUUUUAAACUUUUUCUUUGAAGAAUUCUAUGUUUGUACCUGUACUAGUAGAGAUGUUGCUGUGAACUUAAUUUUUAAAGAAGCUAUCCGCUGCAUUUUGAUCUGUAGUUCUUUACCAGGGCAGGUAAAAUCGAUGAGACGCCUGUACUGUACAUUUUUUUAUAGACUUCUGUGCAAGUAAGAGGACUGCGUUCAUGUUCAAAACUUUGUGUGUAUUGUUUGCCAGUUGUUUCACCAAGAAAUACACAGUAUUUCCCAUAUAUGGCAUGGCAUUUUAACUAUUGUAUCAGCUUUUUGGGGCAAAGAUGUUUUGCAUGAACCUAACUCUGACUUUAACAUUGAAUCCCGUGGGGAAGCAUGUUUUGCUUAAAAUUGUUUCACACUGUCAUGAUUUUCAAUACUGCGUCGCUGAUUGUAAGGCUCCGAGAGGCUGCGCACUCAGGCCCUGAUCAUACUCCCUGUACACUCACGACUGUGUGGUCAAAUUUCAUCUUAACUCCACCUACAAGUUUGCCAAUGACACUGUCAUUGUAGGCUGGAUGUCAAACGAUGACCAGACAGAAAACAGGAAAGAGAUAAGGAUGUAUGGUGGAAUGGUGUAAAGAUAACAAACUUUCCCUCAGCAAAAUAAAAGAGCUGUUCAUUGACUUCGGGAAGCAAGAUGGAGGGCGCACCCCUAUAUACAUCAAUAGUGCUGAUGUGGAGAUGGCUAAGUGUGUUAAGUUCCGAGGAUGUACACCAACCAAGUGUUCUGCUGCACCCAUCUUGAUGUUAUAGUCAAGAAAGCACAACAACACCUCUUCUUCCUCAGGAAGAAAAGGAAAUUAGGCAUGUGCAUAAAGACGCGCGCUGAUUUUUUCUUUAUAGAUGCACCUUUCUGUCCAGAUGUGUUAUGGCCUGAAAUGGCAACUGCUCUGCUUAGGACCAGCAGAAACUACAGAGAGUUGUGAACACUGCCCAGACCAUCAUGCAAGCCAAUCUUUCAUCUAUUGACUUCAUCUAUACUUCUCGCUGCCUCAGAAGGGCAAACAACAUAAUCGAGGACCCCUCACCAUCCUGGAUAUAAUCUCUUGCAUUGGACAGAAAGUAUAAAAGCUUAAACACACGGAUGAAAAUAUUCAAGAACAGCUUCUUCCCUGCUGCUGUUAGGUUUCUGAACGGACCUCUGAAAUUUUAAAUUUAAUGUUGAUCUGGCUCUUUACGCAUCUUCUCUGCAGCCAUAACAUUGUAUUCCUCGCUCUGUUCUA